AUGACUAAAAGAAAAAGAAAUUCUAUAAAUUCUAAUAAUAAAAAUGACAACAAAGACGAUAUUAAUAAUGGAAUUAGUAGCAGCAUCGUUAAUAAUAAUAAUAAUAAUAUAAUAAAAAGGAACAACGAAGAUAAAUCUGAAUUUGAUUUUUUAAUUAUUUCAGGAAGUUAUGAAAGAAUUUUAUAUGGCAUCAAGGCAAAAUGGGAGGAUUAUUCGUUGAAACUAGAUCCAAUAUUUAUUUUCCCUGCUCAUAUUGGUUGUAUUAAGUGUGUUGCUGUAAGUGGUAGAUAUUUAGCAUCUGGAAGUACUGAUGAAGUUAUCAAAUUAUAUAAUUUAAAAAAACGCAAAGAGCUUGGGUCAUUGUUGAAACAUGAAGGGUCGAUAACAACGUUAAAAUUUUAUAAUAAAACCAACAUGUUAAGUGGUAGUGAUGAUGGAUUGAUAUGUAUAUGGAGAACAAAAGAUUGGGAAUGUUUGAAAAAUUUGAAAGGACAUAAAGGUCGUGUUAAUUCUUUGGAUAUUCAUCCAACAGGAAAGAUUGCAUUGUCGGUUUCAAUUGAUAGGACUGAUGCAAAGGUUGUGCAAAAAUUUGAAUUGAAAACUUCAAGAUAUUUAUGUAUGCAAUAUUAUCAUCAUCAUAAAAACGAUGUCGAUGAUGACUUGUUGAUAGUAGGAAGCGAAGAUAAAUUAAUAAGAAUAUAUGAUGUAAAAAAUGGUGGUUGUAUAUUAUCAAUAUCGGGUCAUAAAAAUAGAAUUAAAGAUCUUGCGCUUGUUCAAUCAUCUCCUCCCAUUAUUAAUAAUGAUGAUGAUAACAAUAAACCUGGACCUUUGACUAUUUUGGCAUCUAUAUCAUCAGAUGGUAUGAUUAAUUUAUGGAAUCUGGAUCAAUAUUUAUUUCCUCGAGAACAAGAUAAUGAUGAUAAACAUAAACAAGAACAACAACAAAUUAAACCAUUAUCAUCAUAUGAUACCAAGAAGAAUAAAAGAUAA